AUGGAAGUAGAAGGAACGGAUUUUGACCCCCUUACCGAAGAAGGCCAAGUCGAUAUUAACGAUGAAGAAUUCGAUGCAUGGACCCAAGGCGCGGAAACCGACCCCCUAAUCUACGACGCAGCCUUGGAAAACAAGUACGGUAGUAGGUGGAAAAGCUUCAAGGCCGCCCUAAAUCGCAUGUGGCAAUCGAAGAACCGCGGCAGCCCCGUCCCCGAGUACUUAGAACUUCAAAACAUAGACGAGCAGGGAGCAACCGCGCGGGAAACCGUAGAGUGGGCAACGCAGGAGCUAAGAAUGCGCUAUCCCAAUUUCGAGGUCGACGACAUAAGGCUCACAGAACGCGGAAACAAAGUUCUCAUAAGCGUCAGAGACAUGAGAUAUCCCGACGCUAACCGUUGGACCAAACCACAACUUCUCUUUGAUGAUAGUGGCUCGGUCAAGGUUAACGUAGCCAGAUUGAGGGGCUUCAAAGAGGCUACCCGGAGCGACUUAGAAAGAUUAAAAACCCUGAACGAAAGGGUCGCGCUAGAAAGGCGCGCCGAGGGGCUACAAGAAACGUUGGAAGAAAGGGAAGCAGAUUACAUGAGACAAAACCAACUGCUCGCCGAUGCUCAAAAGAGAGAACUUGACGACAAGAAUCAGCUAAUAGUACAGAUGAGAGAACAAAGAGACAAAGCUCUACGCGAUAGAGACCAGGCCCAAAGAGCCUUUGAGCUUGCCCUGCGAGACCUGGACAUGAGCAAGGAAGAAGCCAAAAACUUGCAUAUUACCAUAGCCGGCUCUUUGGAGGAACGCCGGCAGUUGGUUGCCGAAAUUAACGCCAAAGAAGGACAACUUCGUCAAAUGGCUCAGACUAUCGAAGACCUGGAAAGAAACAUAGCCGAAAAACGGGAAAUAAUCAAUGACCAGACUCGUCCCGAAGAGGAAAGGGAGGCAGCCCAAAAGGAGGCAGAAACCCUUCAGAAACCUGAAGCCCACGUUGGCGUGGCUGUCCGUACCAAUGCAAAUGCUGCAUAUUAUCAGCUUCUUUCCUGA